AUGCAUUCUACAUCACAGAUAGUGACAAUAACAGUUAUUUCUAUUGGGGCAGUUUUGGGGACCUUCUCUAAUGCAUUUAUCAUCACUGUGAUUUUUCAUGACCAGAAUGGACUUCUCAGCCAGAGUCCUGGCAAUCAGAUCCAGUUCUGUAUGGGACUAUGCAACUUGCUCCUGCAGUGUGUUAUGGCAGUGGAAGGAAUUGCUAAAUGUCUUCCAUUUUCCUGGCUAGGUUCUAAAGAAUUCAGAUCCGUUGCACACAUCUUGUUUUAUACCUUUGUUACCCUCAGCUUCUGGCUUACAGCCUGGCUCUGCACCUUUUACUGCGUCACCAUUGUCAGAUUCAAUCACAGAGUCAUGAGAAGUCUGAAGCUGAGACUUCCAGAUGUGGUCCUCAAGCUCUUCCUGGUCACAGUCCUGGUGUCCUUCUGCAUUGGUCUUCCCUCUAUUAUUAAUGUUCAUAACAAAUGUAAUCAGAACAAAACUGAGAAUUGUAUGGCUAAUAAUAAUGAAACUACCAAUAAUGUUUUUAUUCGUGAUAUCCAGUAUGGUCUUACAUUCUUGGCACUUGGAAGUUCCUUACCCCUUGUUUUAGCCCUUCUGUCCAUUGGGUUUACUGUGUCCUCUCUACUGACACACAUACGGCAAAUGAAACUCAAUGUAUCCACUGUGAGAUCUCACCAGCUUGAGGCUCAUUACAGAGCGUGUAGGACCAUGACGCUUCUUAUCAUUGUUUAUGUGAUUUUUAAUGUGUCUGAAGGCAUAAUGGCUUUCUUCACCAUUCCUAACCAUAAUGUGAUCAAUAUUACAGCAUCAUUCAUUCAUUUGUAUCCAGCAGCCCAGGCUGUGAUUGUGGUAUGUGGCAGCCCUAAACUGAAAAAUAAUUUUUCUAAGUUUUUCCUGUGUAUUAAGUAG